GCUGCGUGAGGGUGGGUUAGUACAAGUGGUCGUGUGAACAGUACGUAAUGUGAGUGAUAGUGGUUUCAACUAUGAUGGAGGAUCCGACGCAGAUUCUUUAUACUGAACUUCCCGUUCCUUUGCUGUCGACGGCCGCGAUUCUUAGGCACAGGCAGCAGCAGCAACUUCACAAUCCAUGCAGAUACCAGCCCUAUCAGCGACUGCACCAGCCUCAACUUCAACAUCCCGUCUUGGAACUGCACAGGUUGCAGAGAGAAGUUGAGCAGCACGAGGAGCUGGACUUGCAUCCGGGCCAAACUCACAUUUCCGCGCUUUACCCCGAAAUACUAGCACUGAUCUUUUCCUACUUAGACGUUAGAGACAAGGGUAGAGUGGCCCAGGUUUGUAGCAGUUGGAGAGAUGCAUCCUACCACAAGUCCGUCUGGCGAGGAGUCGAAGCCAAGCUGCAUUUACGUCGCGCGAAUCCCUCACUGUUCGCGUCCCUAGUCAAGAGAGGGAUACGCAAGGUGCAGGUGCUGUCCUUCCGGCGGUCCCUUCGGGACGUCAUCCAGGGCAUACCGAAUCUCGAGUCCCUCAACUUGAGCGGAUGUUACAACGUUGCGGACAUCGGAAUCACGCACGCCUUCACGAGCGAAGCUCUUUCUCUUACAAAUCUCAAUCUUUCUCUCUGCAAACAGGUAACUGAUAACUCGUUGAGCCGAAUCGCCCAGUACUUAAAAAACUUGGAAGUUUUGGAGUUGGGGGGCUGCUGUAAUAUUACCAAUACCGGUUUGGUUCUCAUAGCCUGGGGAUUAAAAAGGCUUAAGAGGCUGAAUUUACGAUCGUGCUGGCAUGUUAGUGACCAAGGAAUCGGCCAUAUCAGUGGAUAUAAUCAAGAUGCCUCCGGUGGAAAUCAAAUGUUGGAGUAUCUCGGCCUGCAGGACUGCCAGAGGUUGUCGGACGAGGCACUCAAACACGUGUCGAUCGGUUUGACUUCCCUUAAAUCUAUUAAUUUAAGUUUCUGCGUUAGCAUAACGGAUAGUGGUUUGAAAUACUUAGCGAAAAUGAAUUCUUUACGCGAACUCAAUUUACGGUCUUGCGACAAUAUAUCGGAUAUAGGCAUGGCGUAUUUGACUGAAGGUGGCUCGCAAAUCACCUCGUUGGACGUUUCGUUCUGUGAAAAAAUUGGGGACCAAGCCUUAGUACACAUUUCGCAGGGACUGUUUAACCUUAGAUCGUUAUCUUUAAGUGCGUGUCAGAUUUCGGACGAGGGACUCUAUCGAAUUUCAAAAACGUUACACGAUUUAGAAACUUUAAAUAUCGGACAGUGUUACAGGGUAACCGACAAAGGCUUGACAAAUAUCGCCGAGGCCCUUUCUCGAUUACAAUGUAUAGACCUAUACGGAUGCACCAAAAUUACAACGGUCGGAAUGGAGAGAAUUAUGAAGCUGCCCGGACUGAAGGUGCUCAAUUUAGGACUUUGGCAUGUCAGGUGAAAAUGUAGAACUUGUUAUUAGAAUUUAUGGUUAGAAACGAAGCACUACCCGUAAAUACAGGUUUGCGUUUAGAUCAAAGUCAAAAAAAAGUCACAGGUGCCAUUUUUUUACAAAUUCAUAUUCCAUCACGGUCAUCUCAUGCUUGAGGGAUCACCUCAAGGUAAAGUCGCCGUUUUGAUUAUAAAAGGUCAGUUGUCUCGCAAGAACAACAUUUGUAAUCUAUAUAAUAACUCAAGGAUUAAAAUAACACAAGCGCGCCGCCGUGGUUUUCCUACCUUGCAUUUUGAGUGGAUUUUGGGCCCCACUGCCAAUUGUUAUUCCUUUCGGUUGCAUGGCAACAAUGUUCCCGCCUUUCAGUUAAUCAAUUCAACAAAAUAUGUUGUCCGCUAUGGAAAAUUAACAUGCUUUGUUUUAGUUUAUCGCGCUUCCUUAUUAAUGAAAUCCCGAAAAAAACAAUUACACGUUUAGCCUUCAGUAGUAAAAUUCUUAGGAAAACUCUUAAUUUCAUUUGUAUUGCUUUUAAACUACCUACUUAAGUUAAUUGUUAAAAUUCUUCAAAAACGAGGAAUAAACGAUCAAAAACUAAAAAUAGAAUUUCGGGCGAGAUCCCUUUUCUCAAUGUGCAACUGUUACAAUUGUAAAAAGUGACAUACACUAACCAACUGUUAUUUAAAUUAUCGCCUAAGUUUUUUAAAGGCUUCCUCGCAAGCUCCUUGUGCUAUUUAUACGAAAAUUUUUAUGUUUUCUACUUUUUUAAGCGCGUACCUUGAAAUUAAAUUUUGAAAUAGAUGUAACCAUGCGUAGUCGGAAGGUUGUUCUUUAUUUAGUUGAGGUGUUUAUCGAAAUACACGCUGAAAAAGGUGACAUGGCCGAACAACAUUAGUUUUUUUGUAGCAGUAAAAAGUACCGAAAUUUGUACAGUUUAUCCGUUUGCUUUCGUUAUUACCAAACUGGUCAGUAAAAUCGACUGGGCGUAUAUAAUUCAAGGGUUGUGUAUAUCACUAAAUUACACAGUCAUCAAAAUAGUUUUUUUUCGUCGAUUACACGGUUUAUCUUUGUACACUCAGAUUAGAUAAAAAUUUGAAGCGUUGCACGUGUAAGCUUAUGCUUAAGAUUAAGAUUCUUAGAGAAAUUUUCCAGAUGACCCUUUCAUGUAUUCAUGUAUUUCUUCAAAUUUUUGAUCAGAUUCAGUACAAAUUUAUGAUGAAAUGCUUGUAAAGUGUUAUCUGCAAAACACAAACAAGAUUACCAAUGGGUCCCAAAAGUGAAUUGUCAAAAAAAAUUGUUUGUGCCCACACUCAAAACGUGCCGGUUAAUGAAGCAAUUGGAAUUUACCUACUUAGUAAGUGUUAAUGGUGAAACUGGAACCGAACAACUUUUUAAAGUAAAAAAAAUUGAAAUCUAUGUAAAACUGUAAAAGUAGUUUGGUAUAAACGCAGCCAUUAUAUUUGAAUUUUUAAAAUUUAUUUAUCCACAUUCAUGAAUUAAUAAUCAAAAUCGAUUUCUUUUGAAAUGGUACCGUGAGAAGCCAUCACGUUGAUCUUUUGAACUUACUGUGUGGGUAGACAAUUUCAAAUGUUCAUAUUGAUAAUACGUUACCCUCCAUCACAAGUAACAGCAUCCGAUAUGAUAUUGGGUUUUUUAAAAUAUUUUUUUCGAGAUUUUUGCAAUAUUUUUCUGCUGAGCAAUGUAAAAUUAUUAAGUGGGAUUCGCACCCAUUUGGUUCUACAACUUAAAGAUUAGGGCAGAUUAGGCAUUGGGUAGGUUUAGUAGCAUUCGGUUGGUUCUAUUUUCACCUCCUUCAAAGCUACAACCAUUCUUGUUCAAAGCGUAGGAAAAGUUUUAAAUUUUUACAUACUUUCUAAAACUGGUGGUUCUAAUUGUCAAAUGCAUUAAUCCGUUGGAAAAGUAUUUUUGCCCUUGAUUUUUAAGUGGGCGGAGGUUUCAGCCAAGGCUGCUCCCCCAAGUUCCAACCCAACCCAUUAUACAUUUACAAACAUCCAUGCCCGAACCUGGAUUCGAACCAGAUACCCUUGGUACCCCAGGAGCUUCAACUCCACUGCACCACACGAGCCGGUCAUACUUAGCAUUAACUUGAAAUACUUUUACAUUUAAGUAACUUUCAUUUAAAUUAUUUUUUAUUACUUGCUCAUUUAAAAACGAAUGUGUCCCCUUGUUAUGCUUUUAAAAUUUUUGAAAUUGUUUUCGAUUUUUAAUACUUUUAAAUAGUGUACCUAAAUAGUUAAAUUGUGUUCCGGUCUGCUUCUGUUUUUAUUAUUUCCAAAGGGCAUUAAUCAAUACUGCACACAGCAUUAAUUUCCCUGCCUAAAUAAAUAGCCCUCCUCUCUACCGUCGGUCUUUUCAUAGUAAAUUUUGAAUCCGAUUAGUCAUAGGGGACUAGUAUCACUACAAAAAAAUGUUUUAAACACAUCGCCUAUGUAUCUAAAUUAUUUAUCAAAUUGUUGCAAAGUAUUAUUUCAUAUUAAAAAAGACGAGAAAAAAGAGGAUUGGAAUUACUUGUGAGGUGUUUUGUUCAUUGCAUUUGUUACCUAUCCUCCAAUAUAUUCUUUUCAUUUUUAAACACAACCCCGAAAUAUUGAAAAACACACAAGGAAAAACACGAAAAGACGUAAGUUUUAUUAACUGGAGGGGGGGGGGGUACUUUCAGUACAACGGGGCCCACCUGGGUGCCCACAUUCAAUAUGCUUGCACUGUGUACGUAUAAAGCACGUUUCCAUUUCAAUUAAAAAAUUACCAUUCUGAAAUAUGUGCGCGUGGUAAAGAGAACACUAGGUAUAUUUAAAUCGUGUACAGAAUCAAUUACUUUCAGUAAAGAUCGGUUCCUUUCGGUACAAGGAUUAAUUUUUGGAAAGAUUCCUCAACAUUUCUUAAACCCGCCACAUACUGUUUUCCAAAAUUGGAUUUAAGUAGAUAUACAUAAAGAAUGCAACAAAAUUUACAAAUGAAAAGUAGGAAUUUUGUGUUAUUUUCUAGAAAAAAGUUCCACCGAUGUAAGUAUAUCAUAGUUACUCGCAGUGACGAACAGAAGAAUCUCGAAAGUAAAGCCCAUACUAAAUCCCUUGUGCUACACACAACCAACAUAGUAAGGGCAUUUUUUUUAAUUUCUGCCGUUUCCGUUUAUAAUAUUUUUUAUACAUUUUUAUUAUAAAUUAUUACAAGGUUUUCACAUAAAUAAUGCAUUUUACUACCUCCACAGUUCUUGAAAUAAUUUUCGAGUUUCGGAUACGUUUUAGCUCGUGUUUUAGUUUUGGAAAAUCUGUAGGAUAUUUUGGAAACGUUUAAACGAGACCUCGGAAGAGACUUAGAAAUGCAAAUGUGUAAGUGGUUUUUAAAUGUUUAGGAAAUCUUUUGGUAACGUGAAUGUCUUAAAAUGUUUAGAAAUUGAUGGCAAAAUGAGAGACAUUUUUUGGAAAUAUCGAAUGAUCCAAUUACUCCAAUUUAAAAACUUUUAAAAUAUCUAGAUAAGGAAAUGUAUGGUAAGCUUUUUGGAAUAUUUUGGAAGAUUUACGCAUCAAUUGAAUAAUAAUCAAUCGACUGGUAAUUGGAAUCGAACAUUUCCAAAACACUAGACAUUCUCAAAAAAAUUGCAAAACAUUUCUCUGUGCAAAUAUCUCGGUAUAUAGACCUCAUUUACAAAGUGAUCUGAUUAGGAAUCAAGGUAUAAUCCACUUUUCUUUUGUUGUAUACCGAGCGCAUUUUCAUCUUUAGACAUUUCCACGUUUUCAAAAUAUCCUACACUUUUCCAAGAUUUCCAUAAAGUUUCAAAAUAAUCGAUAUUCUCAAAAUAUUGCCUGGAAAAAAUCGAAAUUUGUUGCUGUAAUUAUUCAAAAUCCGAAUUUGAACUAAUAAACAAAAUAACAAUUUUUUUGAGUGGGAUGUUAUCAUACUACCCAUGUAAGAAAGAAAAAAGGUAGAAGCUGUUUGGUUUAGAUAUCUUGACGUAGAAUCUAGUGGCGGAGUCAAAAAAAAUUUGUACGACCGUUUCUGAAAUUUGACGCAAAAUUGGUAUUUUUUAAAUGUAACACCCUAUAUAUAAACGUCAAUUUUUUGGAUUCGUUUUCCUGAUUAGGUACACUGACCUAUAUUUUUUUAAUUAGAUAUUAAUAAUAAUAAUAAAGCUUAUUUAAUGUUUCGUAGAACAGCCUACAUACAUUAGUCAAUACAAAAGCAAAAUAAAAAUAUUACAAACAAAAAUUAUAACAACAAUACUUAAUUGUCACGAAAAGAACUCUGUAUACUGAAGAAUUCCUCAUACGAGUAAAACUCUUUAUCAAUAAGAAAUGCUUUAGUUCUUGAUUUGAAUAAAUUAAAAGGUAAAGCCGAGGGUAAAGCCUUAAUAUUGUGAGGAAUAUAAUUAUACAUUUUUAUAUUGAUAUAAUCAAAACUGUUUUGCGUCUUACCAUUGAAUAAUAAAGAUUUAUUAUUCAAUGGUCUUACUUAAACGGCAAAAAGGGACAAAUGCAUUUAAUUUGUUGCGGGUGUCAUAAUUAUGAACAUCGCAAUUUUUAACAAAAUAAUGUUCAUUGCGCUUAACAAAACAAAGGCAAGUAAAAAUAAAAAUAGAUGGAAGCGUUAAUAUUUGGUGAUCAAUGCCGACAAUAAUCUCUAAAUGAAAUGUUAGCAAUAAUCCUCGCAAUAAUCCAUAUUACAUUAUAUCAUAUUUUUCAAAAUUUUGAAAUUAUACGUGUCUACAUCAGUCAUUUUUAUUGAUUAGGAUUGGCUGUCAUGGAUUUAAUAAACAAAACAAAAUCUACAUGAAUCCAUGGCCUACUUUAAAAACCGUAAAAUCGAGCGUAAAAUAUAAGAUUUGUAUUUUUGGUUCAUGGCUAAAAUUAAAAAAAUAUAGGUUCUGAUACAUCAAUGUAUAAUAAAUAAAUAAAUCAAUAAAUGUAAUCAAUGCAAAAAAUUGACGUUGAAAUAUACAGGGUGUUGCAUUUCAAAUAAACCAACUUUGGGUCUAAUCUCAGAAACGGUGGUCAAAUUUUUUUUUCUAAAGGACGGAAUUAGCCCUUUGAGAAAUCUUCUAAAAUGAAUUAGCAUUUGAAAUUGUUUUUGUGCGGUGGUUAAAUGCAUUUUUUUUAGACUUCAAGGGCUAAUUUUGCCCCUUAAGGUAUUUUCCUCGGUAUUUUGUAAAAGAAAUUCGACAAGAAAUUAGAAUUUGAAACUAGUUUUUUGCAGACGUUAAAUAACUGUUCAUAUUCCACCCCUUUAAGCAUCUUGAAAAGGUAGCAACAUUUGUAACCUUUUUUUUUGUAUGGCCGUUUAAUGAUUUGUAUGGUAUCGCAUACCCAAAACAAAGUAGUAUAGUUGUUCUAUACUAAACCACAUUUUCAAAACGAACUAACUCCUGAGCGCUCUGUAUAAACCUUUUGAACAGCUGUUACUUAUUAUAUAAUUAUGUUUAGGCCUUGUUUAAUGAAAUAUGCUUUAAAGCAUGGGCCUAAAAGGUAAUUUAUUGUAUGGAGUAUAUUUUCCAAAAAUUCGAAGAAAUCAAAAUACUUAAUUCAAAAAAAUCUUUCAAUUUAGGCGUAUGAGCUCUAUCUAACAUAUAAUUAAAACAUAAAUCAAGACAUUUGAAAUAACGAAGUGUGAGUCGACUUCUGGUGUAGUCGCAAAUAAUCUUUCUUGACCAAAAAUAGCAAUUUCAUUAUUUACCAUGUAAUGGAGAUUUUCGCGGGGUGCUAGAAAUCCUUUACUCCUAUGAAAAUUUUAGGCAGAACCUUUUUAGAAGUGCAUAAAAUUUCCACUUAGAUCAGUAUAAUAUUUUGAUGUUUAUCCAACGGCCGGUUGCAGGAAAGCGAAUUAUAAUCAAAAUCCUACAUUAUUUGCCAAAUCUGAGUUUAAACAAGAAUUUUGACAUUUGAUUGGUUGCAUACUGCAGUAUAUAGCCAAUUAAAUGUCUUAAUACCGGAUUAAACAAUGAUCUUGGAUUAUUUUUUUGUAUGCACCUGGCCGCUAUACUGGUAAUUUAUUAGUUAUUCCUCGAAAAUCGACGUUACUACACAAAUUUCAAAAGGAGCUUGCUGGAAAGAACAGCUUGGAAAAUUUGAUUCUCUUCUUAGACUUUUUUUGAAAUCCGAUUGGUAUAUCUUUUACGGCUACAAAAGAACUCCUGUGAAAUUACACGCCGCCUCCAUUCUAAAUGGAACAGGCUUUGCCCUUUUUCGUCUAAUGACACCAGUUUUAAAUGAUGGGAAUCUUUUGGGUACUGCCCAACAUUGGUGUAUUUCGUAAAGUUUACCUCACAGAAAGCGUAAAUCUCACGGUAAAAACAACCGCGAUUGCAAAACGCUGGAAAAAGAAAGCAAAAUAAAGUAGCAUUUUAAUUUUCUUUACAUUUUUAACUCGUUGCACUUGAGAUUAGAAUAGAAUAGCCGGUACGUGUAUAAUUACGGUGUCACGUACAUAUAAAUUGUUCAAAGCCGAAGGCUAUCUUACAAUGGCUUAUAAAUGAAACUGAAAAACUCGCUGUCAUGGUAGGAAAACUAUCAUUAACUAUUUUAUAUUGGCGUCGGCGACAAGCGCAAAAGUUAAAAAGGUGGCAUCGCGAAAAGAAAAUUUGGUCAGGGUUAUUCUGCAACCUCCAAGGACUAUUUUGCAAACAAUUUGUGCAAUAAAUGCCGGAGAACCUUGUACGAUAUUUCUUUAUUUGGUAAUUUUGUAACAAAAAUUCAGUGUAUUCCAUGAUAAACGCGAACCUUUGUUGGGUAAGUGCACUGAGCUGUGAUAGUAAAGAAACGAAUGACGUAAAGUUCUUUUACUGUGAAAUACGCUAUAUUAUUAUUAUUAUAUUACAGUAACUAUAUAUAUAUUGUAUAAAGUCGUAGAUAUUACGUAGAGAUAAACAAAAAAUCCUUGACUGUUCGAGAACGCGAAGAUUUUUCGAUUCUGGAAACGCAAACGUCGCCGCUCGCUUGUUCAUUAAAAUUUCGAACAGAAAUUAUGCAACGAUACUAAUUUAAAUUUCAAAUAAUGUUCGGUGGUCAACCUAUUUUUAUAUAUUCUCAUAACACAUUGUUCUAUUUUACAACAAUGAAGCGAUUCCGUUUCGAAAGAUUGUAACAAUUAUGGUGCAUGCAACUCAUUUUUUUUUCAUCGUUAUUAGCGCUUAAAUUUCCAUAUCCAUUAAUCGCUACUAUUCUUUUUUUAUAACGCCAUUUUUCCGUUUGUACACUGGGAAAGUUUGCAAUUUAGUAUGUAAUGGUUUCAAAAUUGUUGGAAUUGUUUGUCUGUCCCUCUGUUACAUGCUUGUUAAGUACUAACAUCUUAGUUUCUUUUUAUGUACUUUUGUUAGCUGUUUAUAUACCAAUUGCGUUUUAUGUACUCUUCGUUUUUUUGAGGCCAUUAAUGAGCCAAGCCCAUAUUUUUGGUGCAGAACAAGUUAUACAUGAAUUAGUUUGUAAUAAAACAAUGUACAGUGUUCCAAAAUGAAUUGUAAAUAAUUAACGUUAAGAAAUCUUUGUUAAUAUUGUGUUGUGUUUUUAUAUUGCAACAAAAUUUAAGACUUCAUAGAUAAAUAAAAAGUUUUUAUCAAUUA